AGCUCCACUUUUGGUAAUCGCGCCAGCCAAUUCAAUGCUCAACUUGUGCUGAAGAAUGCCAAACCGACGAAUAUGAUGGUGUCACGUGAACACGCCGGAGCUAUUAUGGUACCCGAUGGUUUCAUUGAGAUCGAGGGACAGAGUGUUGUUGAUGAGAAAACCGGCAAGACGGCGUUGUUGGUGCCACGUGCCGCACUCGAGGCCAUACCCGAUGGAAGUGUUGUGGCGUUGGUGGAGAGUUCCGCCGACGAAUCUGAGGAGGCGCGCGCCAAUCGUGUUAUAGUACGUCGUCGCCGCAAGGGUUCGCGACGCAAUGUGCGGCGUCGACGAGGUGGCAACCGCCGUCGACAAGGAGGUAAUCGUCGUCGUCGUCGUGGCGGUAACAGGCGCCAGAAUGUGCGCGUAUAUCAGGUGGGUGGUGCAACACGUCGACGUGGUAGCCGUCGUGGCGGACGUCCUGUUGUGCUGCAGGGUUGA